AUGAAGAACUCGGCAGUCUUCAUCGUUCUGGCUUCAGCUCUGUUGUCGGCCGCGGACAGGACGUUCACGGUUUACAAUGGCUGUCCCUUCACCAUAUGGCCUGCUAUAUUCACUGGUGCUGGAUCCGUUACUCCGGAUUACACCACUGGAUGGGAAGCCGGUGCUUACACGUCUGUCUCUUUUACUGUUCCCGAAGGCUGGACCGCAGGCCGUAUUUGGGGUCGCCGUGAUUGCGACUUCAGCGAUACCAACCCAGCCACUCAGUGCCCUUCUGGCGGUUGCAAUGGCGGCCUAGUCUGUGACCCCUCCACAGGAACCGGUAUUCCUCCAGCGUCCCUGGCGGAGUUCACCUUGGGUACCAAUGGCGCUGCCGAUUAUUACGACGUAUCGCUGGUUGACGGGUACAACUUGCCCGUCUCCAUCACCAACAAUGCGGGAUGCGGAGAGGCCGACUGCGACGUCGACCUCGGACCUAACUGUCCUGCGGCCCUUAUUGGCCCAUACGACUCAACUGGAUUCCCGGUUGGAUGCAAGAGCGCGUGCGAAGCCAACUUGGACGGUGAUCCGAGUAACUCUCCGAAUUGCUGCACCGGUAAUUACGACACCGCCGCGACAUGUCCUUCGUCUGGCGUUCAGUACUAUUCCUACUUUAAGGACAACUGUCCGAACUCAUACUGCUAUGCCUACGACGAGAGCAGCGGUACUGCUUUGUGGUCUUGCGCUUCCAGCCUUGUGGCUGACUAUACUGUCACGUUCUGUCCUCCAUCAUCGUAA